UCUCUCUCUCUCUCCCCCUACCCAAGGCAUUGGAAGCACCAUUGACCCCAAACUCCAUUCUAAUGUGACUUUAUUUGUGAAGCCGCAUAUCUUACUUUGACAACUAUAGACACAUGCCCAAUCUCUUUUGCUCUCAACUUCCAGUAAAUAAAGCAUAAUUACUAUAUAUAUGGGGUAUAUUCUACAGAUUUCCUUUGCUAUUACCCAGCAACUUUCUUUAUCUCAAUAUAUAUUGGAAGGAAAAAAAAUACAGGAGCAUGAACUGCAUCACAAAAACUUACAAUGGUUGUUUAUUAGCUUCCUUUUCCAAAUAAAACCGCCACUUGUCCUAAUGGUUACAAAUUAUAAAUGUUAUUUUAUCUGAUCUUAUUUCGCUUUUUAUCUUGCAAAUAUUUGAUGGAUGAUUCAAAAUUUAUUUUGUACUUAUGCUAAGAUUUUGCCUAAUUUUUGUGCACAAUAAUAUAUAUAUAUCCAUGCAUGUAGAUUUCUAAGUGAUCAAUUGUAUAUUUUGCUUUAUACGUAUAUAUUGUUGUGAAUGCGUAAGUUUACUUUUUACAGUAUCAAUUUUCAAUACUUUCUUAUCAUAGGAAAUCUAGAACAGUGCUAGUGCACCAGAUAAUGGAAGGUUUUGAGCCUGAAAGUUUUGCUCAUGGCGAUGUCAAAUUAGAAUCAAGCCGACAAGCUCUGAUACCAAUGGAAACUCACUCAAAUUCAUCGCCGAACACAAAAAACCCUAUCUUUUCAAUCACCCUAGAUGAAUUCCAAAGAAAGAAUAGUGGAAUGAGUCUUGAAUCCAUGAAUAUGGAAGAACUUCGAAAUUGUGUAUGGAAUGUGGAAGCAAAUAAAGCUUCUUUAAGUAUGAACCAAAAUGAAGUGAUGAUGGCCGUGAAAGCAAAUCAAGCUACUUCAAUUAUGAACCAAAAUGAAGUGAUGAUGGCCGUGAAAGCAAAUCAAGCUAAUUCAAUCAUGAACCAAAAUGAAGAGCCGGAUCUACCUCUGGAAGAGUCAUUUUCACUCACUUCUUCGCCUAACAAGAGGACAAUGGAUGAGAUUUGGGCUGAUAUCCAGAUAAAUCAAUCUCCGGCAAACAACCUCGCCGUCAAUAACGUUAUUGACUUCUCUGAAGGCGACACUACACUUGGUGAGAUAACAUUAGAAGAUCUCUUGGUAAAAUUGGGUGUAAUUCAAGGAGCUGAAGAUUUGGAAGCCAAACUAAAGGAAGCACAGGGUUGCCCAGAUUUCUAUGGGAAUUUUGCUAGCGAUAAAACAAGUUUGGAUCCAACUAGUAUUGGAGCAACCCUGAUGCAGGGUGUUGAAUUUCAACCUCCAAAUGCUGAAAUUAAUAUUCCAGCUGCCAUUUCUCCUAUUGGGUUUCCACCUUCAUAUACUAUACCCAGCAUUCCAAUCAAUUCUCAUAUGCACAAACCAAUCCCACCUUGGGGUGGCUUCGCGGGAGAGUCAUCUAACGAUAUUGGAAAUGGAAUAAAAAGCUUUCUUGAUGGUUUAGGAGUGUCACUUAAAAGGAAGGCAACGAAUGAUGAGCUCCUGGAGCUUGCAGCGGAGCGAAGACAACGUAAGAUGAUAAAAAAUAGAGCGUCUGCAGCAAGAUCUCGAGCAAGAAAACAGGCAUAUACAACAAAUUUAGAAACAGAACUGCAUCAACUGAAGGAUGAAAAUGCGCAGCUUAAGCACACUUUGGCAGAAGUUGAGGAAAUUCUACGGCGAUUAGAGCCCUUGAAAGAGAGAGAAUCGGAGGAGACAAGACUGGCAGAAAAGGAGUUUAAGGUCGCAAUAAGGAGGACCUCAAGCGCAGGUUGGUGAGCUGAAGUGAACUGGUAUGUGAAGCAGAAAAAUGAAGUAAAACUAAGAAAAUAAGAUAAACAAAAAAUAACAAAAAAAUCAAAAAAGAAAAACAAAAGAACAAAACACCGAAACUAAAAUGUUUAGCUUGCAUUAAGAAGGGAAACCAGAAGUUAAUGUUGAAGUUAUGGGUAUGAUCGGUACAGAACUUGUUUUACUUAUGCGUAGGUGCCUGGCCAU